GAGUUGAGACGGGAAUAUUCUCAAAGAAUAAAAAGGAGUUGAAAUGGGAAUGCCAACAAGCAAACGAGAUCGACUUGAACAAGUUUUUAAACUAGCCAGUAGCCAUCAUACACAUGUUUCCAAAGUCUCUUUCCUCUCUCUUUCUCACCACCUUAAAAGGCACUCAACCAAUUUGAAUCUAAAAUCACAGCAAACCCCACCACCAUCAUCACCACCACCAACUGCAACUGCAACAACAACAAAAAUGGCUCCAGAAAUCCAAACCCAAUUCCCUAUAAAAACAGUGGUGGUCCUAGUCCAAGAAAACCGCUCGUUCGACCACAUGCUCGGGUGGAUGAAAUCCCUCAACCCGGAAAUCAAUGGUGUUACCGGAUCUGAAUAUAACCUCCUCUCCACAUCCGACCCGAACUCGACCCGAAUCACAUUCGCCAAGCACUCCCUCUACGUCGACCAGGACCCGGGCCACUCCGUCCAAGCCAUGUACGAGCAGGUAUUCGGCCAGCCAUGGAGCUCCGAAUCUGCCACCAAAAAACUCGAACCAACAAUGUCCGGGUUCGCCCAGAACGCUGAGAGAACAGAGACGGGCAUGUCUACUACGGUGAUGAACGGGUUCGACCCGGACGCCGUGCCCAUCUACAAGGAGCUGGUGGCUGAGUACGCCGUGUGCGACAGGUGGUUCGCGGCGGUGCCGGCGUCGACGCAGCCGAACAGGUUGUUUGUGCACUCGGCGACGUCGCACGGGGCUACGAGCAAUGAUACUCUGAAGUUGAUAGAAGGGUUUCCACAGAAGACGAUAUUCGAGUCGUUGGAUGAGAGUGGGUUUAGCUUCGGGAUAUACUAUCAGUACCCUCCUGCCACCCUGUUCUAUAGGAACCUUAGGAAACUGAAGUACUUAAAGAACUUCCACCAGUUUGAUAUAGAAUUCAAGAAUCACUGCAAAGAGGGGAAGCUACCAAACUACGUUGUUGUUGAGCAAAGGUUCUGGGACUUGAAAAUCCUACCAGGUAACGACGACCACCCUUCUCAUGAUGUGUACGAGGGCCAGAAAUUCGUCAAGGAAGUUUACGAGGCACUGAGAUCGAGUCCCCAGUGGAACGAAAUGCUGUUCAUCAUCAUGUACGACGAGCAUGGCGGGUUUUUCGAUCAUGUGCCAACGCCUGUUGCCGGAGUUCCAAGUCCCGAUGGCAUCGUGGGCCCCGAGCCAUAUAACUUUCAGUUUGACCGGCUCGGUGUUAGGGUUCCGGUCAUCAUGAUUUCUCCAUGGAUUGAGCGCGGAACAGUGUUGCAUGGGCCUUCAGGACCGUAUCCGACGUCAGAGUUUGAGCAUUCUUCCCUUCCGGCCACCGUUAAAAAGAUUUUUGAUCUGAAAGAGUUCUUGACAAAGCGAGACGCAUGGGCAGGUACUUUUGAAGGUGUUCUCAGCCGAAGUAGCCCGAGAACAGAUUGUCCAGUUACAUUACCGGAACCGGUGAAGCUAAGAGAGGCUGAAGCAAAAGAAGAUGCUAAAUUGACUGAGUUCCAACAAGAACUUGUGCAAAUGACAGCAACAUUAUGUGGAGACCAUAAGAAGGAUAUUUACCCUCACAAACUAGUCGAGAAUAUGACCGUAGGCCAGGCCGUUGAAUAUGUUCACAAUGCGUUCAAGGAAUUCUUGAAUGAGUGCGAGAAAGCGAGCAAAAGUGGCGUGGAUGAAUCCCACAUUUGUGUCCCAGGAGAUCUAGUACCACCCGAGCCAGCAGCAGAAAAAUUGAAGAAAUCAUUUGCUUCUUUGUUCUUUUCCUGUAUUUCCUGUGGUAACAAUUGAUAAACUUCGUGAUUCACAUUUGUUUGCACACACAAGAAGUUCGGUCUGUCAAGAUUUGCGUAUCCAGAUAUGAGAUACUCCAACCUAAGUCUGUUUGCAUGAUAUGAUCUUGCUUUUGUUUCUAGGUUUAGAUCCUUAUGUAAUUCGAUAUCCAGUAAUUCACGUAUCGUUUUCGCAUCAAUACAACUGUUUCUGCUUGGGUUCGCAUGAACUGAACGGGCAUAAGAAA